UGCUUGGGAGAGCUGGGCUUCUCUGCUUAGGUCUGCUGCCCCCAGAUAAGCGGAAGAAGAUGGAUGGAUGGGUAUUGUAUUUAUAUAUAAUAUGCAGUAUAGUGCAAAAGGUUUUAAGAAACCGCCCAUUUCUAUAUUCUUUUCAGAUAAUUGGUCAUAACAAUGACCUCGAACACACUGCUAAUGCAGUAAAAGCAUACCUGGAUAUAAAACCACAAGGUCCAUAAGACCCACUGCAACAAGUUUUAUGGAAAAUUGAAUCCAAAUUGGAAAUUUGUGGUUAGAAUUAUGGUCAACAUAUACAGAGGAGUUCAGGAGAGAAGUGCAACACUCAAUGUCUACAUUGGAUUUGUCAGAGGUCAGAUUUUGGCCCACCAUGCAAUUCCAUCGGAAAAGUGUCUGAUUGAUGACAACGAUACCAAACACUCUGCCAGUGCAGUAAAAGACAGAAAAACGACACCAUGACACUGUCAGUCAUGGAUUGGCCUCCCCAGAGCGGGACCUCAGCAUUAUUGAAGCAGUGUAAGAUCAUUUUAACAGGAAACAGAACAAAACACAGCAAACAUCCAAAGAAGAGCUUUGAGUGUCCUUCAUGAAGCCUGGCGAACUAUUCCUGAAGACUACUUAAAGAAAUUAAAAGAAAGCUGCCUGACAGAGUUCAGACUGUGUUGAGGACAUCUUUCAAAUAACCAGUUUAAUAAACUGUAUUUUUGUUUGAACUAUCCACAUGAAUGCUUGGCUAUAUUUUAUUUCAGCAGCUGAUACAUAAAAUAUGAUUUCAUCGUUUUUAUCAUGGACUUACAGUCAUGAAUGGAUUAUAAAAUAUAUUUACACUAUUUAAAUAUUUCAGGGUUAAUAAAAAAUAAAUGUAGCACUUAGUAAUCAGAAAGCAGUAAGCAGCAUCUAUGACACUAAAAAGGAAAAAAACAGAUUAGAGUAUAUUGUGAUUUAAAUAAAAAACAAAAAUCACCGCUGCUCACCGCUUGGUGGCGCUGGUGAGCUGUGAAUGGGUCUUUUCCGCAGGACGGAGCUAAUCUUUCAGCUGUGGAAGUAACGUUUAUUAUUAUUAUUUUUCCAUGUAUCGACGCGACUUUAAUGGUUUUUGCUUGAAAUAUUUUUCAUAAAAUGCGUGAAGAAAACCACGCAGCACCUGUAAAACCGGUUUAAUACAACAUCUGCAGAGCUGAAGGAGCCUUGCAGGAUGCAGGUUGCUAUCAAUCCCUAUGAACCGUGAGGUCCCAGCACAAGUUGAGAAAUCUUGUUUGGAUAUGUUAGUGAUCACAAUUAAUAUGUAUUCGUAUCGGACUUUGUUUUGCAUGGCAAACUCAGACCUGUGACAUAUUUUACUGAUGAUAAUUGGAAGGUCUAACUCCUCGGAGCUCCCCUGUAGUGAAGCUUUACUUGCGUGAUGAAGGACAGGACAAAGUCAAUGUUAGAUGCCCCGAUGGAGCUGCUGGAGCUAAGGUUAAUCCGCACUCACUUUAAGCCAUGAAAUCCAGACACACGUGGACUUAAAAUGUCAGUUUCUUUCAUUUAUUUUAAUGAACCAAUUACACAUCAGGAGGAGUAACAAAUUACGGGCAGAUUUUCUUUAUUAUUACUAAUAUUUUUAGUCUUUAUUGUUUCCUGAUAGCGCAGGAGUCCUCCUCCCCUCCUUCACCAUCAAGAGUAAAACACACUCCGUGUAGCCCGCCGCCAUGUACACGCACAGAGUGGCACAUCUCCAAUACGCAGUGUGCAUCUCCUGUCCUGGCUGUUAGAUUUGCUGUCGUCUGUGAAAAGCACGGCUGGUGCCUCUCACACCGAAGAAGAGAAAAGCCGCUCGCUCAGACCUGAGAGGGGGGUGUUCAAACACUUAAAGACCCAGAAAAAAAAGAAACCCAUCAACGUGGGCUCAAACGUUUAGGCGUUUUAGUGCGUUUAGGAGGAGUGUGGGUUCAUUGUGUGUGUGUGUGUGUGUGUGUUUUUGUCCACGCGCGUCUUUAUCCAGGCUUCAGCCCUCGCUUUUGAGUUGUUGGAGAGCCUGCAGAGGCGAGCAUGACAGCCUGACAAUGGUGCAAGGCUGGCUGACAGCACGAUGAAGCGUUUGGGGCUUUUUUCCUCUCUUUGCGUCUUGACUUUUCAGGAAUGGGCUCUUGUUGGAGCAGUCAGCGAGGAACUCCGGAGGUUUAUUGUCCGUGUUUCGACUUGAAGACGUCCAGAACAUCUGUGCGUAUUUUGGUAAACAUCCGGUGGCUCGUCCAGCCCGCUCUUUGCUCACCUUUCUCCUCCCAUCAGCCGCAGAGCAUCUCUAAUUGGAGGGACUCCGAGCAUCUUAAGUGAUGGAGAAAAUCUUCCACAUCGGACUCUGACUUCGACUCACGCCGUUUGCCAGAUCACUGCGGGCCAAAUACGCGAGGCUUCUGUUUCUGAUCGGAUGUUGUUACCUUUAUUUGCUACACCUGCAUUUCUGUAACCCGGUUCGGUCGCAUCGUUUCGUCACAAUGCCGGUGAACGCGCUGCCCCGCGGCGGCAGCAGUGGCUUAGGCGGCCCGGGGUCUCUGAGCCCGGCGUCGCUGUCCCGCAGUCUGUCCCGGCUGAGGGAGUACCGUACCCGGACGAGGAUCAUGCUGGCUCUGGGAGUCUCUCAAAUGGUCCUCGGGAGUCUCAUCCUGGCUGUGAGCUUCGCGGCUCUGGCUCUCACCACAUCACCCAGAGUCCGGCACUCCUGUCCGUUCUGGGCAGGCUUCUCAGUUCUGCUCUCUGGUCUCAUUGGAGUGGUGUCAUGGAAGAGGCCGCUCUCUCUUGUGAUCACAUUCUUCAUGCUGCUGUCUGCAGUUUGUGUGAUGCUAAACCUGGCGGGCUCCAUCCUCUCUUGCCAGAACGCUCAACUUGUCAACUCUCUGGAAGACUGUCAGCUGUGCGGAUGUGUGUUCUCUCCUUCACCCCCCCAGCUCAAGUUUGACAGCGAUGGAGUGUGUGUAUGCUGCGAGCUACAGAAGCAAAGUUCGAGCUGCAACAGCCUGGGAGAGACGCUGAAGCUAAAUCCACUGAGGGACUGCAAUACGAUACGUAUACGUCUCAAGGAGCUGCUUUUCAGUGUAUGUGCCCUUAACGUCAUCUCCACCAUUGUGUGUGCUCUAGCCACUGCAAUGUGCUGUAUGCAGAUGGUCUCGACUGAUGUGCUGCAGAUGUUUAUGCCACACAGAGCUCGAGCCCUGAACGCUGACUGUAUGACCCCCCACGGAACAAUCCUCCACCAAACACUGGACUUUGAUGAGUUUAUUCCUCCCAUUCCCCCACCGCCAUACUACCCCCCAGAGUACACCUGUACCCCCUCAAUGGAUGGACAGAGAGGCUUGCAUCUGGACUUUCCCCAUUCUCCCUUCAGUGCCAUAUAUGGGGUUCCUAUCAACAGCCCAGGCACCCUGUACCCAACUGACCUGCCCCCUCCAUAUGAGUCUGUGGUGGGUCAAACACCUGCCAGCCAGGUUACCAUCAGCAUAGAGCAACAGGCCACUGAGUCCAGUCUGUGUGAGAGAAAUACUACCGCAGGUCUCAGCACUCAGGCCUCAGUGGACAGUGCCUCUCUCAUGGUGUCAGAGGUGGCUGACCAGGACCAGACUUGCUCCUCAGAGGACUUGUGCUCCCUGGAGGUCCAGGGCUCUGACUCCUCUCCCUAUGGCACGCUCCACACUGCCCCCACUGAUGGAAGCUGCACCAGCCUGGAACUUUGUACACGUGAUGCCUCACGUUGCCGCCGUGGCUUGACUAACACUGAUGCUCGCCCUAGUGAUACUGGAUACAGUGAGUCCUCACACACGCAGGAGUCGCUGGAGCGCUCACCUGACUGGUCCUCGGAAAACUUUAGCAAUCUGGACCAAGAGGACUCAGCAGAGAACACACAUCUAUGUGAUGAACUCAAGACUUCAAUGCACAUAUGCGACGAGCUGGCCUCAGCCAAGCAUUUACCAGAGGAGCCACCUAAACCCACACCACACACCCUUAUCAAAGCAAGAAUGACAAGCCGGAAGCUCACACUACCGGUUACUAUCCCCCCGCCACCUCAGCCUUGCUCCCCCACCUCUGUGGCUUCCUCUGGUGGAACUUCAGCUUUCAGCCCUUUGGCUGCUUCCCCUUCCCCUUCACCUCCUGCCAGGCCACGCGGCCCAAGGCUGUGUUUCAGUGUUUGGUCACCUUCCUCUGCAUCACAACCCCCCUCUACCUCAGCCCAAAGUGGACACUCACCUUCAGAGAAGCCUCGGGUGCUCCGAGCAGCCAGGAGGUACCGCAAACUGGCACGCAUUGUCCGUUCCACCAGUGACCCUAUCUCGUGCUCCACUAUGACAGGAAGAGAAAAUUCUGGGUGCACCCCUGGAACUGAUCCUGCUACUGAAGAGUUAGCUCAUGCAUCACCAGAUCAGGAGCCAAGGGACAAUUCAACAGAGGUAGUUGGAGGUAAACCCACACAUAUGUCUGCCAGGAAGCAGCAGAAAGAGGGCAAGAAAGUUGACAUCCACCUUAAACCCAGAUCGCUCCACACACACUCCUCCAACGAACGUCCACACUCCCUGGCUGACCUUAAGAUGUACAAAGACACCAAAAUACUAGUGGCUAAGUUCCUGGAGCACUCGAGCUGCAGUCUACCUCCUGAAGUCCAGCAAGUUGUCAACAACAUCAAGUGUGUCAUUAAAUCGGAUGAGAAACACAUGGAGGAGGCCAUCUUUAGUGCAAAUGUCAUAGAUCAGGUGAUGACCCAGCGCAUCAUAGGCAGUCCCAGAAAGCGUGGGCAUGAGGAUCUUCAUCUCCAGAGCUGCGGCGCUUUGAGUUCAUCACCAUCCCCUUCCAUGCGCCGUCCAAAACAUCUCCCACAAACAUCCACUGCCUGCACCAAUCCACUGCGUUCCCCCUCCUCUGAACAAAGCCUUGAGUGCAGAGAAACUAUUCUCUGACCACUCUCCUAACAAGGACUUGGGUCUAAACUCUGACGGCAUUCCAGGAUGCUGGUGUUGCAGACAUGCUGCCCUGGGAAUCUGAUGUCUGUGAAGCACUUAAGAACUCUUUGGGUGUCGUGAGAUCGUUUCUUGAACAAUGUGACUGCAGCACAAAGCUACUGAAAUGCCUUCAUACUGUAUUCCCUAGUGCCCUGUGAGACUGUGCCAAGUCAUCAGCAGAAAUGGUAGCAAACUCAGAAUGAGCCUACCAGUGUCUGUAGUGGCUUAUUUCUCAUCAGAAAAACAAAAGAAUGUUUCUCCCUCAGGGGAUCUUUUCUACUCAGUUUCAUCUCUUAAAAAAAGACACAAAUACGCAGCUGGUAAGUUUGGAUCUGUGACUGAAAGACAAAGCAGAUUGUGUAAUCAGUAUUCCUCUUGUCCUCAUAAGAAACAGAGAAAAUACAUGUUUGUAUUAAACUGUGAACUGAAUUGACAGGACAUUGUUUGCAGACUUUGUGGAUUUGUUACUGAUAGGGUGGUGACUAUUUUGUGGUUCAAGAACAUCACAGAUGUGGAUUAUUUAACUUACCUCAUUGUGUUACAAUUCUUAUCUGUGUUACAAUAAAAUAUGCGUUUGUAUUUUGUUGUUUGUGGGGGUUUUUUCUGUCUUACUAGAUUAUUUAUAUUUGUCUGCAGGUAUUCACAUUUUGGCUUUGAAAAGGAGUGGUUAAAGUAAUGAAAACGCCAGGUAAUGCAAUUACCUGGCAUGAAUUGCAGUUUGGUGAAGCUGUUCCAGGUAGUGUUGUUUCAUAACCAGUAAUUGUCUGUGAAGGUUCUCAGUCAUCCAGGUCAUCGUAG